GUUGGGAGAUCUGGAAGAAACAAAUCGUCCUGAUCAUGCAGAAGCCCCCACAGAUCCCAUCCCAUUUCUUUCACACUAUACCUCAAAGGCAGAAUUCUUGUCCUAUGUAUUGCUCUACCUGGUGAAGAUGCCUUUCCCCCCUGUGACCCGACCGCGGAGCCUCCCCAGCUCUGGCAAGGAAAAACUGUCAGGUCCCUCACCUGUCCUUCCGGUCAAGACUCUGGAGGAGAAGAAUUCUGUGAAGGAGCAGCUCAAGAAGUUGAGCAAGAAAACCACGCAGCACAAGAGCAAGCUGCCUACCAGUCGAAGCUCUGCUGGGUUGAGAUUGGAUGGUAAAAGUGCUAGGAUCAUGACUCCAAGACAUUCUGAUCCUGCAAGUCCCUCAACCCCCAGUUCCUCUAAAAGUUGUUCUGGCAUUGGCCUCUUUGCAUCCAAUUCCUUUGCAACGAACUCUAAAGAUGCUUCAGUGACAAAUGCCUCAGAGAUCUCCUCAAGCAAAAGAAUGUCUCGUGCCAGCAUGUCGGCAACCAACAUCUCCAUGAACAUCUCCACAGACUCUUCUAGUCCACGGAUCAUUUCAGGGUGCUCAGGAUCAGGCCUUGAAGAGAAGAUUAAUGAAGCUAUGAAAUUCUCUCUCAAUCUGACCCCCGAGGCCAAAUUGCUUCUGCAGAAACGUAGCCGUGAGAAACAGCUUAAUGCCACCCGCAGUGGAACCUGCACUGGAAGGACACUGCACCAUAAAGACCUCUCUGGUAAGUCAAGUUAUCGAUCUAACAUCCCACUGGUGAAGAUCUCUCUUCUGAACGACCGUCACCGAUAUGAUGAUGUGGAAUAUGAGGACGAUGAGGAAGGGGUUGUGGAUCAGAGUGUUCUGCUGAAAUGUUCUGAGUGGUUGCGAGGGGUGGAGAAUGCCGCAGGAGCUACAACAUUGGGUAGAGUGGACAAGAUCAGCCAGAAGAGUAUCUAACAGAUUAAAAUGUUCCAUGUUUUGAUACAUGUGCUGUAGACUGUUUGGAGAUGCUCCCUGUAAUUUUGCCAAGUAGGAUGUGUUCCUGGAUCAACAUUUUUUGUUGGUCCUGGAACAAUUCUUUAAAAGAAAUAUAGUCCUAACCCUAUCCAUACCCCUAACCAUAACCUUCCCACUAAAAUUAGAUGGAAAUGAUAGGUUGAUAAGA